AUGGCAACAAAUUGUAUUUUGCAAGACUUGUAUGCACAAAUUUUACAAUCUGAAGAGCAAGUUAAAGAAAGAAAUGCUAAAUUUAAAGCAGGUUUGUAUGCGAAAAAGUUUAAUUGAGCAUUUGACGAGUACACGACACAUUUAAUAAAAAUUGUCCGAAUUCAUAUUCUUUUUGCAGUGAACGAGGAAAUUGCCUUGACGCAAGCCAAAACAGCAGAAAUAAGAGACGAAUUAAAAUCGCUUCAAGGAAAUCUUGCCAUUCAAAAUAACAAAGUAGCCGAGCAGGAAUUGCAAUUGAAAUGGCUGAAGGAGAAAGAAAAAAUAAUGAACUCUCAAAAAAAGCAUUUGGAAGACACGAAAAUGGAAUCACAAAAUACGUUUGUGCGUUAUAUUUUUUCUCCUGGGAACGGACUUUACUUUGGGGGCACGUUUUCCACAUUUACAAUAAAAUAUUAAAUCUUACAGGUUUUGUAUAUUAAAUUUUAGAAUAAUGUGCAGGAUGAUAGGCAACGUGAAAGGUAUAUUGUGCAUGUGGAAUUAUAUAUAUGUUUCAAUGAUUACUGGCUUUCAAUAUAUGAGCAUGAGGAUGCUACAUAUCAAAAUUUUAACAACUCUCGUCUGACUGGGGCUUUAUUUCUUAUAUCAUCCCGAAAAAAGAGGGCAAAUGACAGGUUCCUGCCUUGUUAUUGAACAUCUUAUUGUUUUAUUUAAGAGAGAAAUUUGUUGGAGAAUGUGAAGAGUUUUCGUCCAUGUUUGACUUGACUGGGGAUGGAACAAGUAAAAGAGAAACUGCAAAAAGAGCGAAACUUGAGGAAUUAAUAAAAAACACAGAAAAAUUAAAAUCAGGUGAUUGAAUUCAGAGAAGUCUAUGGCUACCGCCUAGUUAUAAUAUAGCUUUUACUGUAAAGUACUUGAAAUUUUUAUCCAUUUUAAAAUUUAGUUCGUUUUGAAAUGGUAUCUCGCUUUUCUGAUUAGUUGUUUUCGUAAUUCAGUGAAGAUAGGACAUUCGUCUGACGGUCACAAUGGCGAAAGAGGUGUCUGUAUUAGAGAAGUGGCCGUAUUAGAGAGAUAUUCGUAUAAGAGAGGUGUGUGUAUUAGAGAGGUGUUCGCAAAAAGAAGGUCUUAUUUAUUAUGGUAAUUCUUUCAGAAAUUGAUGCGAUCCAAAACGAAAGGGCUGAAGUUAGUGUUUUGGAAAACAAGAAACAACAGUUGCUUAAUGGAAUUAAGGAAUUAGAAAAGAAGCAUAAAGGCAAGAUACAAACCAUUUUCACUCUUCUUCAUUAAUACAAUAAAUCAAUAAUUAAUUGUGUGUGAUAAUGUCGUGUGAUCGUAGUUGUGAAGCACAACCACAUGUACUGUUCUCGUAUUUUAACUAUUUUUCCUAUACUUACCAUUUGAGGUAAUUUUUGUAUUAUUUGGUAUCAAUUAGAGGCUGAUAGAACCAUUCAAGGAGAAAAAGAUGAGACAGAGAGAUUAAGACAAGAAAAGCAGAAGCUCUCAGAAAAACUUAGAAACGAUCCAGAAUUACAAAGGUAG